UUCUUAGCAAAAUUUCAUCCAAUUUGCGGUUCCGUUUCUGCCUUAAACAACCAAUUUUUCUUUCUUUUCUUGCUUGGAUUCUCUCUCUAAUUCUUGGAUUUUCUUUUCUUGGAUUCUUGAUUCGAUAAAACCCAUUUUGUUUGAUUCUUGAUCGAAUAGGGUUUGGUUGUAUAAUUUGUUUUCUUGAAAACAAAAUUUUCUCGGGAAAAUAGAAAUGAAGGAAAAUGCAGGAAACCCUCUGCAUCUCAAAUCUUUGAAUCACAUAUCUCUUUUGUGUCGAUCAGUUGAGGAAUCUAUAGAUUUUUAUCAAAAUGUUCUUGGGUUUGUGCCUAUAAGAAGACCUGGUUCUUUUGAUUUUGAUGGAGCUUGGCUAUUUGGAUAUGGAAUUGGAAUUCAUUUGUUGCAGUCGGAAAAUCCAGAGAAUAUGCCGAAGAAAGGUGAAAUUAAUCCCAAGGAUAAUCAUAUUUCUUUCCAGUGUGAGAGCAUGGGGGCGGUUGAGAAAAAGCUGAAAGACAUGGAAAUAAAGCACGAGAGAGCGGUGGUAGAAGAAGGAGGAAUACACGUAGAUCAAUUGUUCUUUCACGACCCAGACGGGUUCAUGAUCGAGAUUUGCAAUUGCGACAAUCUUCCGGUGAUCCCUCUGGCCGGAGAGAUGGCGAGGUCUUGCUCUCGCUUGAAUAUGAAUAAUAUUAUCAUACAACACAAACCGCAGCAAAUUCAUCACCUCGUCCAGCAGUAGUAGUAGUAGUUGUUGAAGCUGGGCGUUAAUAAAAAUUUGUGGUGUGGUUUCUAUGUAUGUAGUUUUUUUUUUGGGGGUAUUAUAUAUGUAUGUAUGAAUAUGUUUGGUUGAGUUUUGUUGUGGGUGGUUAGCAAGAAGACGAAAUGCAAAUGUGUGAUUUUCAGUGGACCUGAAAAGAUGAUCAGUUUCUUGAUUCUUGGAAAUCUUCUAUAAUUUGUAUUUUUAUUUUCGAGUUCUUAGUAAUAUAAGUAUCUUUCUAUCUAGUAUUUUUUUGGUA